AUGGAUCCCACCAGCAGCAGCUGCAUGCGCAGCCCACAGCCUCCUGCCCCGCUGUGGGGGUGCCUGCGGAGCACCCACGCGGACAUCACCGCAGCUUCAGGGCUGAACCACUACCCGCCAGUACCAUUCUCCUUCCAUCAAAGACCAGAUUUUGCAACCUACUCUGAUUUAUCAACCUCCUGCCUGGUGACUGCUCCCCACAGCUUCCCAUGCGAGGAGCGGGCGUUUGUGGAGCAGCACCCCUCUUUCCAGCACGCUGACUGGCAUUUUGCAGCAACUGAGGCCAGAAGACUACUAAAUCCAGGACUGGCCUUGAGUUCUGGGGAGUCAGAGGGCAGCAGCCCAAAUCUAGCGAGCGCAGCAGUGGGUAUGAAUGAAGACGAUGAGGUGCCAGUAAAUACUACAAAUGAGACUGAGAAAAAGUCAUCCAAAAGAAAAAGGGAAAACUCAGAAAAACAGACCUCGAGCAGCAAGGCAGAAACAAGCAGCAGAUCACGGAAGGAAAGGACGGCUUUCACAAAGGAGCAGCUACGGGAGCUGGAAGCGGAAUUUGCCCACCAUAACUACUUGACAAGGCUCAGGAGAUACGAGAUAGCUGUGAACCUGGAUCUCACUGAGAGACAAGUCAAAGUAUGGUUUCAAAACAGAAGGAUGAAGUGGAAACGUGUUAAAGGCGGACAGCCAGUGUCCCCACACGAACAUGACACAGAAGAUGUGGACUCUGCUGCCUCCCCCAGCUCUGAUUAG